GCAGUGGUGGAAGCAAAGACGAGAACUUACUACCUCGGGAUUGUGGAAGAGUACUGGGACUAUGCACCAUCUGGGAAAAAUCUGAUCACAGGAGAAAACCUCUUGGAGGACAAGUUUGCAAGUGUGUAUGCGACAAGAGGAGCCAACCGGAUAGGACGUGUGUACAAAAAGGCUGUUUUUAGGCAAUUCACAGAUGACUCUUACUCCCAGGAGAUCCCCAAAGCAGCAUGGCUGGGGUUUCUUGGGCCAGUCCUGAAAGCAGAAGAAGAGGAUGUCUUUAUCGUCCAUCUAAAAAACUUUGGUUCCCGCCCAUACUCUGUGCAUCCACAUGGGGUCUUCUAUGACAAGGACUCUGAAGGAGCACUUUACCCUGAUGGAACCGGUGGUAAAAGCAAAGAGGACGACUUUGUUGUUCCCGGUGGAAAUUACACUUACACAUGGCCAGUAAGGAAAGAUUAUUCCCCAACUUUGGCAGACUCAAACUGCUUGACUUGGAUUUACCAUUCUCACAUUGACACACCAAGAGAUAUUGCAUCUGGUUUAAUUGGGCCACUGCUGGUUUGUAAAAAAGGAACUGCAGAUGAGACCUCAAUAGAAGGGACUGGUGCUGCUAACGCUUUUGCCCUGAUGUUUAGCAUUGUAGAUGAAAACUUCAGCUGGUAUCUCGAUGAGAAUAUAAACACGUUCUGCUUAGAACCAGCCACAGUUGACAAAGAGGAUGAAGGUUUCCAGACCAGCAACCGAAUGCACGCUAUUAAUGGUUAUAUUUAUGGCAAUCUCCCCGGCUUGGAGAUGUGUGCUGACACUUCCAUGUCCUGGCACUUGUUUGGCAUGGGAAGCGAGAUAGAUAUCCACGCUGCGUAUUUCUAUGGCCACACGUUCAUCAGCAGAGACCAGAGGGCAGAUGUCAUUGGUCUGUUCCCAGCAACAUUCAUCACAGCGGAGAUGACUCCUGGGAACCCCGGGAGGUGGCUGAUAACGUGCCAGGUUAACGAGCACUUACGAGGUGGCAUGGAGGCACUGUACGAUGUUCAGAUCUGCCACAAAAACCUGUCUCGGCCCUCGCCACUCAGUCACAAGAGGAGAUACUAUAUCGCUGCUGAAGAAGUGCUCUGGAAUUAUGGACCUGACGGUUACGAUAAAUUCACUGGGCAGGGUUUGAAUGCCACUGGCAGUGAAUCUGCAAUAUAUUUCACACAAGGGACUGACAGAAUAGGAGGGCAAUACUGGAAAGUGCGCUACGUGGAAUAUACCGAUGCAACGUUCAGUAAGAAGGUUUGGUCAGAGGACAUGAAGCACCUGGGAAUACUUGGCCCUGUUAUAAAAGCUGAAGUGGGAGAUACAGUGCUGGUUACUUUUGCCAACAAAGCCAGAAGAAGCUAUAGCAUUAUGGCCCAUGGUGUAAGCUUCAGCAAGCUGUCAGAAGGAGCUCCAUAUGUAGAUGGCUAUAUGAAGCCAGGAGCCCACGUUAAGCCAGGUGAAACCUUCACAUACAAAUGGAGGGUGCCUGAAAAUGGAGGUCCAACAGAGAGUGACCCCCCAUGCCUGACCUAUCUGUACUACUCAGCAACCGAUGCUGUCAAGGACACUAACUCUGGCCUCGUGGGGCCUUUAUUGGUCUGUCGGAAGAACACGCUGAAUCCCGAUGGGACACAGAAAGGAAUAGACAGAGAAUUUUACCUCCUCUUUUCAAUCUUCGAUGAGAAUGACAGUUGGUAUCUGAAUAAGAAUAUCGAAGCCUUUACUGGAGACCCUUCAAAAGUAGACGAAAAUGAUGCAGAUUUCAAGGAAUCCAACAAAAUGCACGCUGUCAAUGGAUACUUGUUUGGUAACCUGCCAGGCCUGACCAUGUGCAAGGACGACAAGGUCUCCUGGCACCUCAUCGGGCUGGGCAGUCACUACGACAUGCACGGGGUUCAGUUUCAAGGAAACACCAUUGACCUGAGAGGGACGACGAGGGACGGGCUGGCCUUGUUUCCUCACUUAUCAUGGACAGCGCUGAUGCAGCCAGACCGUGUGGGUACAUUCAAAGUGGUUUGCAGGACUUUUGAUCACUUCGUUGGUGGGAUGAAACAUCUGUAUGAGGUCAGCAGCUGCCGUAACACCACCCGAGCCCAGCAGCAGAGUGGAACCAUGAGGCUCUACUACAUCGCUGCAGAGGAGGUGGAGUGGGACUAUGCCUCAAAUAAGAGCUCAGUACCGAAUAUUUACAACAUCAGCAGCAAUGAGGAAAGCUAUGGGCAUAUUUUCUUGAAUCAAGCAGAAGAUCAGAUCGGUUCAAAAUACAAGAAGGUGGUUUACAGAGAGUACACAAACGGCAACUUCACACAGCACAAAGUGAGGACAGAGGAGGAGGAACACUUGGAAAUCCUGGGGCCGUUACUCCACGCUGAGGUUGGUGACUCUGUACUGGUUGUAUUUAAGAACAAAGCCAGCAGGCCUUAUUCGAUAACCGCACAUGGAAUAGAAGAGGUGGGUUGUGAAGAGCAACCUGAGACACCAAUUACACUCCCUGGGGAAAUAAAUACCUACAGGUGGAACGUCCCAGAACGAUCUGGCCCUGGUAAAACAGAUCCAAACUGUAUCACUUGGGUUUAUUAUUCAACAGCGAAUUUUGUGAAGGACACAUACAGCGGUCUGAUUGGGCCUCUUGUAGUUUGCAGAAAAGGAGUUCUAGAUGAAAGAGGUCUAAGGAAAGACAUUGACCGUGAAUUUACUCUUCUGUUUAUGGUGUUUGAUGAAAAUGAAUCCUGGUAUUUGAAAGACAAUAUUGAAACAUACCUUCAUAAGAAUCCUGAAGGUUUUAAUGCCACUAAGAACUUUAUAGAAGGCAACAGCAAACAUGCCAUCAAUGGGAAGAUUUAUAACAGUCUUCUGGGUCUAACAAUGAAUGAAGGUGAUAGGACCAACUGGUAUUUGAUAGGAAUGGGUGAUGAAGUGGAUAUACAUACAGUUCACUUCCAUGCGCAGACCUUCAUCUUCAAGACAGAUAAGGACCACAGAGGAGACGUAUACGACCUUUUUCCUGGGACAUUCCAGACAAUUGAUCUUGUAGCAGAAAACCCUGGAACGUGGCUUCUGCACUGCCAUGUAGCCGACCAUAUCCAUGCUGGCAUGGAGACAACCUACACCAUCAAUAAAUCAGAGAGGAAGGCUACUUCAGAAGAACUCACAACUGGAGCAUACGAUACAACUACUGCAAAAAAUAGAACCACUGCAGAAGAUUAUGACAGCAAAGGGGGUAACUUUUUUGGCAAAACCCUGAGUCCUGGAGAAGCCAGCCUGAUCCUUGCAGCCUUUUUCUUCACUGGACUUAUUCUGCUCUCAACAGCAUUAAUUGUCUUCUGCCUCAUUAGCCGCCAAGGAAGCAGGAUCCAUUACACAGCUCUGCAUGACAAAAGUGCAUAUCUAACAGAUUCCCUGUAA